CAUUACCCUCGCCCUUUCAAUAAUCCUGGCAUUAGUAUCAUUUUGAUUACCCCAAAUGAGCCCAGACGCAGAAAAACUAUCCCCUUAUGAAUGCGGGUUUGACCCUUUAGGGUCCGCACGCCUGCCUUUCUCCCUCCGCUUCUUCCUGGUAGCUAUCUUAUUUCUACUAUUUGAUCUAGAAAUUGCCCUACUACUUCCUCUACCAUGAGGCAACCAACUACCUAACCCCCUCGACACAUUUAUUUGGGCCGCAGCUGUUCUUGUGCUCCUUACCCUUGGACUAAUUUAUGAAUGAAUUCAAGGAGGCCUAGAAUGAGCUGAAUAGGCGGUUAGUCCAAAAUAAGACCUUUGAUUUCGGCUCAGAAAACCGUGGUUUAAAUCCACGACCGCCUUAUGACACCCGUACACUUUAGCUUCACCUCAGCAUUCAUUCUCGGACUUAUAGGCCUCGCAUUUCACCGCACCCAUCUCCUAUCCGCACUUCUAUGCCUUGAAGGCAUAAUAUUAUCACUAUUCAUUGCCCUCGCCUUAUGGGCACUCCAGCUAGAAUCUACUGCCUUCUCUGCAGCCCCUAUGCUUCUUUUAGCCUUUUCAGCCUGUGAAGCCAGCGCAGGUCUAGCCCUCCUAGUUGCCACAGCCCGUACCCACGGAACAGACCGCCUCCAAGCCAUAAACCUCUUACAAUGCUAAAAGUAUUAAUCCCUACAAUCAUGCUUUUUCCUACAAUCUGACUAGUCCCAUCAAAAUGACUAUGACCUUCUACAACUGCCCACAGCAUGCUCAUUGCCCUAAUUAGCCUAACUUGGCUAAAAUGAAACACAGAAACAGGGUGAACCACCUCCAACCUUUAUAUAGGAACAGAUCCUCUCUCAACCCCUCUGCUCGUCCUGACCUGCUGACUCCUCCCCCUAAUAAUUUUAGCCAGCCAAAACCAUGUAACUCCUGAGCCAAUAAGCCGCCAACGAAUAUAUAUUACCCUUUUAACCUCUCUUCAAACCUUCUUAAUCAUAGCAUUUGGGGCCACCGAAAUCAUUAUAUUUUACAUCAUAUUUGAAGCAACCCUUAUCCCAACCCUAAUAAUUAUUACUCGAUGAGGAAAUCAGACCGAACGCCUAAAUGCAGGCACAUAUUUCUUGUUUUAUACCCUGGCGGGGUCUCUCCCCCUGCUCGUAGCUCUGCUCCUCCUUCAUCACAACACAGGAACAUUGUCCAUACUAAUUCUACAAUAUACACAACCACUGACCCUUAUCUCUUGAGGAGAUAAAAUCUGAUGAGCAGGGUGCCUAAUCGCAUUUCUAGUAAAAAUACCACUAUAUGGCGUACAUCUUUGACUACCGAAAGCGCAUGUAGAAGCCCCUGUAGCAGGGUCUAUAGUACUAGCUGCAAUCUUACUAAAACUUGGCGGCUACGGAAUAAUACGAAUAAUAAUUAUAUUAGACCCCCUUUCUAAAGAAAUAGCAUACCCGUUCAUCAUCCUCGCACUCUGAGGUAUUAUCAUAACAGGAUCUAUCUGCUUACGACAGACAGACCUAAAAUCCCUCAUUGCAUACUCAUCCGUUAGCCACAUAGGCCUGGUUGCAGGAGGAAUCCUUAUCCAAACCCCAUGAGGCUUUACCGGAGCAAUUAUCCUAAUAAUCGCCCACGGCCUGGUUUCCUCCGCACUAUUCUGCCUUGCAAAUACAGCCUAUGAACGAACCCACAGCCGAACAAUAGUAUUAGCCCGAGGCCUCCAAAUAAUUUUUCCCUUGACCGCUGUCUGAUGAUUUAUUGCUAACCUCGCAAAUCUAGCAUUACCCCCUCUACCAAAUUUAAUAGGAGAGCUCAUCAUUAUUACAGCCAUAUUUAACUGAUCCCCAUGAACCCUAGCUAUAACAGGAGCCGGGACAUUAAUUACCGCCGCUUACUCCCUUUACCUUUUUCUUAUAACACAACGAGGCCCCCUGCCCACACACAUUACAAAUCUACAACCAUUCCACACCCGAGAGCACCUGCUAAUGAUCCUUCAUCUCCUACCAGUUAUCCUUCUCAUCACAAAGCCUGAAUUAAUAUGAGGAUGAUGAUACUGUAGAUAUAGUUUCAACAAAAACAUUAGAUUGUGGUUCUAAAAAUAGAGGUUAAAACCCCCUUAUCCACCGAGAGAGGCCAGAAGCAAUGAGGACUGCUAAUCCCCAUCCCCGUGGUUAAACUCCAUGGCUCACUCACGCUUCUAAAGGAUAACAGCUCAUCCAUUGGUCUUAGGAACCAAAAACUCUUGGUGCAAAUCCAAGUAGCAGCUAUGACAAGCCUGGUAAUAACAUCUACCCUAAUACUUAUACUAGUAAUUCUCAUCUCCCCUUUACUAAUGACACUAAACCCCAAACCACAAAAACCAGAAUGAGCUCUAAUACACGUCAAAAUAGCCGUAAGCACCGCAUUCUUUAUUAGUUUAGUGCCACUCAUAAUCUUUCUAGACCAAGGUGCAGAAAGCAUUAUCACCAAUUGAAAUUGAAUAAACAUUAUAACCUUCGACAUUAACAUUAGCUUUAAAUUUGACCACUACUCCCUAAUCUUCACCCCCAUUGCCCUAUUCGUAACCUGGUCAAUUUUAGAUUUCGCAUCCUGAUACAUACACUCCGACCCAAAUAUAAACCGAUUCUUUAAAUAUUUACUACUAUUCCUAGUAACCAUAAUUAUCCUAGUAACUGCUAACAACCUAUUCCAACUAUUCAUUGGUUGAGAAGGCGUAGGCAUCAUAUCAUUCCUGCUAAUCGGAUGAUGAUACGGCCGAGCCGACGCUAACACAGCUGCCCUCCAAGCUGUGCUUUAUAACCGAGUGGGAGAUAUUGGGUUAGUCCUAUCAAUUGCCUGAAUUGCAAUAAACCUCAACUCCUGAGAAAUUUCACAAAUCUUCCUAUCCUCCAAAGAUUUUGACAUAACUCUCCCACUCAUCGGCCUAAUUGUGGCGGCUACGGGCAAAUCAGCCCAAUUUGGCCUCCACCCGUGACUCCCCUCAGCCAUAGAAGGCCCAACUCCUGUGUCCGCCCUACUGCAUUCAAGCACAAUAGUCGUUGCCGGUAUUUUUUUACUCAUUCGACUCCACCCCUUAAUAGAAAAUAACCAACUGGCCUUAACCAUCUGCCUAUGCCUAGGAGCCCUCACCACCUUAUUUACCGCCACCUGUGCCCUAACCCAAAAUGAUAUCAAAAAAAUCGUAGCUUUCUCAACAUCCAGCCAACUAGGCCUAAUAAUAGUAACCAUUGGAUUAAAUCAACCUCAACUGGCCUUCCUACAUAUUUGUACACACGCCUUUUUCAAAGCCAUAUUAUUCCUCUGCUCAGGGUCAAUUAUUCACAGCCUAAAUGAUGAACAAGACAUCCGAAAAAUAGGCGGACUCCAUAAAUUAAUGCCUUUCACUUCUACCUGCCUAACCAUUGGAAGCCUCGCUCUUACAGGUACCCCCUUCCUAACAGGCUUCUUCUCAAAAGAUGCUAUCAUUGAAGCCCUAAAUAUCUCCUACCUAAACGCCUGAGCCCUCACCUUAACAUUAAUCGCCACCUCCUUCACCGCCGUAUACAGUUUCCGAGUAAUCUUCUUCGUAACCAUGGGCACCCCACGAUUCGCAUCACUAUCCCCAAUCAACGAAAACAACCCCGCAGUCAUCAAACCCAUUAAACGACUAGCCUGAGGAAGUAUUAUCGCAGGGUUAAUCCUGACAUUAAACUUCCUUCCCUCAAAAACACCAAUCAUAACGAUACCCCCUGCCCUAAAACUUGCCGCUCUAACAGUAACCAUCCUAGGAGUCUUAACCGCUAUAGCCUUAACAAGCACAACCUCAAAACAAUUUAAAAUUAUCCCAACCCUUGCACUUCACAACUUUUCUAAUAUGUUAGGAUAUUUUACUUCAAUUGUCCACCGCAUCACCCCAAAACUCAACUUAUCACUAGGAAAACAAGCCAUAAAAUUAGACCGUCAAUGACUGGAACUUGGCCCCAAAGGAAUAACCCCAAUCCAUCACACACUAUCAUCCAUGUUAGAUAGCAUUGACAUCAACAUUAUCAAAAUUUACCUAACAAUCUACCUACUUACCACAGCCGUCAUUAUCACCAUUCUGGCCGCACUUUAAACUGCUCGAAGUGCCCCUCGACCCAGCCCACGAGUAAGCUCUAAUACCACAAAUAAGCUCAGCAAUAAAACCCAAGCACAUACAACUAAUAUUCCUCCCCCCAAAGAAUAUAUUAAAGCCACACCACUCAUAUCUCCCCGCAACAUAAAAAACUCCUUAAACUCAUCCACAACAACCCAGUAGCCCCCAUGUCAGCCCCCACAAGACCAUCACACUGCCACCCCUACCCCUACCAAAUAUGCCAAAACAUAACCCUUCACCGAACCCUCCCCCCAAGUCUCCGGAAAAGGCUCAGCGGCCAAAGCUGCUGAAUAAGCAAAUACAACUAAUAUUCCUCCCAAAUAAAUCAAGAACAACAACAAAGACAACAAUGAGCCCCCAUGACCCACCAACACACCACAACCAACGCCUGCAGCCACCACUAAACCCAAAGCAGCAAAAAUUGGAGCAGGAUUAGAAGCAACCCCCACCAAACCCACCACUAAACUCAACAGAAACAAAUUAAGAAGAUAAGACAUAAUUCCCGCCCGGACUCUAACCGAGACUAAUGGCUUGAAAACCCACCGUUGUCCUUCAACUACGAGAACCCAAUGGUCACCCGAAAAACCCACCCCCUACUCAAAAUUGUUAACAGCACCCUUAUUGACCUCCCCGCCCCUUCAAACAUUUCCGCAUGAUGAAAUUUUGGCUCCCUUCUCCUUUUAUGUUUAAUUAUACAAAUUCUAACAGGACUAUUCCUGGCUAUACAUUAUACAUCAGACAUCUCCACAGCCUUCUCCUCUAUUGUACACAUCUGCCGCGACGUCAACUACGGAUGAGUUAUCCGUAAUCUACAUGCCAAUGGAGCAUCCUUCUUCUUCAUCUGCAUCUAUCUGCACAUCGGCCGAGGCCUUUACUACGGCUCCUAUCUAUAUAAAGAAACAUGAAAUAUUGGGGUAGUACUCCUACUACUAGUAAUAAUAACUGCCUUCGUAGGCUAUGUUCUACCCUGAGGACAAAUAUCAUUCUGAGGGGCCACAGUCAUCACAAACCUACUCUCCGCUAUCCCAUAUAUUGGAGACAUACUAGUACAAUGAAUCUGAGGGGGUUUCUCCAUUGACAACGCAACUCUAACACGCUUCUUUGCAUUCCACUUCCUCCUGCCAUUUGCAGUUGUAGCCGCCACUGCUCUCCACGCCCUGUUUUUACAUGAAACAGGGUCUAACAACCCCCUUGGUAUCAACUCCGAUACAGAUAAAAUUACAUUCCACCCAUACUUCUCAUACAAAGACGUGCUAGGAUUCGUGAUCCUAAUUACAUUCCUAGCAUCUCUAGCACUAUUCUCCCCAAACCUUCUAGGAGACCCAGAAAACUUCACCCCUGCUAACCCCUUAGUAACACCACCACAUAUUAAACCAGAAUGAUACUUCCUAUUUGCCUACGCCAUCCUCCGAUCAAUUCCCAACAAACUAGGGGGAGUUCUAGCACUACUCUUUUCAAUCCUAGUACUUAUAUUAGUCCCCCUUCUACAUACAUCAAAACAACAAGGAUUGACCUUCCGACCCUUAACACAAUUCCUAUUCUGAACGCUAGUAGCAGACGUAAUGAUCCUAACAUGAAUUGGGGGAAUACCUGUAGAACACCCAUUCAUUAUUAUUGGUCAAAUUGCCUCCAUCCUAUACUUUGCCCUAUUUUUAUUCUUUAACCCAUUAGCAGGUUGAUUAGAAAACAAACUACUUAACUGAAAUU